AAUAACUCUCCCAUUCUCUCUAUAGAUCGAUUCUCUCUCUAGACCUCCGCUUCUACUCCAUUGACAAUUUCAUGUCGGCGGAAAAUUGUCGUACACUAUUUGUGUUUAGAUAAACAUAUGCGUAUGUGUACGUUAAAGUAAGGGUGAAACAUUUGAGGUGAGAAAAAUCGCAUCUGAGAGAGUUCUAGGAGGGAAAUCUGGCAGCAUUCUCCGAUUUUACGGGCUGAGGUUCAAGAAUACUGUUUUAAUGUCGAAGUCAUCUUCCUCUGAAUCAAGGAACAAUAAAGCUUCUUCAUUCUCUGGGAAAAAUGAAGAAUCAAAUGGAACUGCAGAGAUUGAUGAUUCAGAGAGAAUGAAGACAAGGGUUGCUCAAUUCAUUGAGCAACUACAUGCCAAGAAGUCUUCACCACCAGAGAAAGAACUUCUCACGGCACGUUUGCUAGGUAUUGCUAAAGCAAGAAAGGAAGCUCGGGAGCUUAUUGGUUCGCAUGGUCAAGCAAUUCCAUUGUUCAUAUCCAUUCUUAGGAGUGGAACUCCUAUGGCAAAGAUAAAUGUUGCUGCUACGUUGAGCGUCUUGUGUAAAGAUGAAGAUUUGCGAGUGAAGGUGCUUCUAGGUGGAUGUAUCCCACCUUUACUCUCACUUUUGAAGUCGGAAUCAACUGAAGCUAGGAAGGCUGCUGCAGAAGCAUUAGUCCAAGUGUCGUCCAGUGGACUUUCGGAUGAUAAUGUGGGCACAAAAAUAUUUGUUACAGAAGGUGUGGUUCCGGCCUUAUGGAGACAGUUAGAUCAGGAAAACAAGACGGACAAAGUGGUAGAAGGGUUUGUCACUGGGGCAUUGAGAAAUCUUUGUGGAGACAAAGAUGGGUAUUGGCAAGCAACUCUCGAUGAUGGUGGAGUAGAUAUCAUUGUUCGCCUUCUUUCUUCUGAAAAUGUUGCUACUAAAUCCAAUGCUGCAGCUCUCUUAGCCCGUCUUAUGUUGGCUUUCCCUGAUGGUAUUCCAAAAAUAAUUGAUUCUGGGGCAAUCAAAGCUUUGCUCGGACUAUUGGAUCAAGAAAAGGAUGUUUCUGUUCUAGCAAGCGCUGCUGAAGCCUUGGAGGCGCUUUCUUUUAAAUCAACCGAUGCUAAGAAAGCCGUUGUUGAUGCAGGGGGCGUCCUGGUGCUUAUACGAGCUGUGAUUGCUCCUUCCAAGGAAGGUAUGCAGGGAGAGGUAGGACUGGCUCUUCAGCAGCAUGCAACACGAGCAUUAGCAAAUAUAUACGGUGGGAUGUCUGCAUUAAUUCUCCAUCUCGGGGAGCUUUCUCAGUCCCCAAGGUUAGCUGCUCCAGUUCCUGAUAUUAUCCUAGCCCUGUCUUAUUGCCUAAUGGUCUUUGAGCAGAGUGCUGACGAGGAACCAUUUGACUCAACAAAAAUUGAAAGCAUUCUGGCGAUGCUUCUAAAACCUAGGGAUAAUAAGCUGUUUCAGGAGUGUCUGUUUAAGGCUUUGGGGAACCUCUAUGGCAAUGCCCACCUAUCAGUUACAGUUGGUCAAUCGGAAUCUAAGAGGGUGCUUGUUGGGCUUGUAACAAUGGCUGCAGGUGAUGCGCAAGAAUAUUUGAUACUUGCUCUUAUACGCUUAUGCACUGAAUCAUUAGGUGUUUGGGAAGCCAUAGGAAAGAGAGAAGGAAUUCAAUUACUUAUCUCAUCAUUGGGGUUAUGCGAUCAAAAACAUCAACAGUAUGCAGUUGAAAUGCUUGCAAUUCUAACUGAACAAAAUGAUGAUAGCAAGUGGGCAAUUACUGCAGCUGGUGGAAUCCCGCCACUUGUCCAAAUAUUAGAAGCGGGAUCACAGAAGGCGAAGGAAGAUGCGGCAGUUAUGCUAUGGAAUUUGUGCUGUCACAGUGAAGAUAUUCGUGCCUGUGUUGAAAGUGCUGGAGCCAUCUCAGCAUUUUUGGGGAUUCUAAAAGAUGGUGGACCAAAGGGACAGGAAGCCUCAGUUAAGGCUCUGAUAAAGCUCAUCCGAAAGGCUGAUUCAGCGACCAUCAAUCAAUUACUAGCUUUGCUCUUGGGAGACAUUCCAAGAUCCAAGGCCCACAUAAUUAAAGUUCUGGGUCAUGUACUUUCAAUCGCAUCAGAUAGUGAUCUAGUGCAUAAGGGAGCUGCUGCUAAUAAGGGGCUAAGGUCUCUCGUCCAGGUUCUCAAUUCCUCGAACAAGAAGACUCAAGAGCAUGCAGCUUCUAUCUUAGCUGAUCUAUUCAGUAAACGCCAUGAUAUCUGUGAUAGCCUGGCGACUGAUGAAGUUGUCAAUCCAUGUAUAGAACUUUUAACUGGCAAAACUCAAGUUAUUGCUGCUCGUCCUACCAAGUCUAAGUCGAAAAAUAAAAUUUCUUAUGCAGAAGGUGAUUACAAACAGUUAAUUAAGUUGGCCAAGACAUCAUCCAUCGAUUCGGCAGAGGUAGCUAUGGCUGCCUUGGCUAAUAUGCUGUUGGAUCCACAAAUAGCUUCAGAUGCAUUGGGGGAAGAUAUUGUUUCAGCAAUAACAAGAAUUCUGGGAAAAGGAUCUCUGCAAGGUAAGAAGAGUGCAUCCCGUGCUCUUCACCAACUCUUGAAGCAUUUCCCAGCAGGCAAUAUAUUUUCGGGAAGUGCUCAGUGUCAAUUUGCAGUUCUUGCUAUUCUCGAUUCCUUAAAUGCAAUGGAUAUGGAUGGAAAUGAUGUUGCUCAUACUUUAGAAAUUGUUGCACUAUUCUCUCGGAUGAAUUAUGGAAUAAACUCCACAUACCAACUAUGCUCUAUUCUUGCUGAAGUCCCGUCUAGUUUAGAGCCUCUGGUGCAGUGCCUAUGUGACGGACCUCCCUUGGUGCAAGAUAAAGCAAUAGAAAUUUUGUGUAGGCUUUGUGGGGUUCAACCACGAGUUCUAGCUGAUCUUUUGAUCUCAUACUCAAGAUCUAUUGCUGCAUUGGCUAAUAGAAUUAUGAAUUCUAGCAGUGGAGAAGUAAAAGUUGGAGGAACAACAUUGAUAAUAUGCGCCGCCAAAGACCAUAAAAUUCAGUCAAUGGAUGCACUCAAGGCCUCUGGAUCCUUGGAACCUCUUAUACGUGCAUUAGUAGACAUGACAAAACAAAAUUCUACUUGUUCUUCUCUUCAAAUUGAAGUCAAAACUCCUAGAGGUAUUAAAGUUCAGGAUCCAGUAACUGUCUUGGGAAGUACUGUUGCCAUGUGGUUGCUGUCAAUAAUUUCUGCAUUUCAUUCAAAGAGCAAAUUCAUCGUAAUGGAAGCUGAGGUUCUGGAAGUUCUUUCAGACAAUCUUGCAAAACAUACUUCGAACGACCAGGUAGAUUAUGAGGAUACAGAGAGCACAUGGAUUAGUGCUCUUCUCGUGGCUAUAUUAUUCCAGGAUGCCAGUAUUGUCUGCUCUCCUACAGCCAUGAACUUUAUACCCACACUUUCUCUCCUGCUGAAGUCUGACGAAAUGAUCAAUAAAUUCUUUGCUGCCCAGGCAAUCGCUAGUAUUGUUAGCCAUGGAGACAAGGGAACAAAUCUUGCUAUUGCAAACUUGGAUGCAGUUUCUGGUUUAAUAACACUAAGUGGAAAUGUAGAAUCAGAUAUGCAAAACCUUAUUGACAUAUCAGAAGAAUUUUCUUUAGUAAAAAACCCGGGUCAAGUAGUUCUGGAAUGCCUUUUUCAAACUGAAGAUGCUAGACUUAAUUCCAUAGCUCACGAGACAAUACCUUUGCUCGUCAAUUUGUUGAGGCCAAUUCCAGAGAGACCAGGAGCCCCACCAUUUGCUGUCCAAAUCUUGAUUCAAAUUGCAAAUGUUGGUGAUACUAAUAAAUUACUCAUUGCUGAAGCUGGAGCACUGGAUGCUCUAAGCAAAUACUUGUCUUUGAGUCCAAAAGACUCAACUGAAGCAACUAUAUGCGAACUGUUGAGAAUAUUGUUUGGAAAUUCAGAUCUUCUUCUAUAUGAAGCUGCAGUUAGCUGCAUGAAUCAACUCAUUGCUGUUCUUCACUUGGGAUCAAGAAGCGCAAGAUUAAGUGCAGCUUUGGCCUUAGAUGAACUUUUUGAUGCCGAGAGCAUCAGGGAUUCUGAAGCAUCUAUGCAGGCAAUUCAGCCUUUGGUUGAUAUGCUUAAUUCUGCUUUGGAGCAUGAACAGCAGGUCGCCAUUAGUGCUUUGAUUAAGCUGACUUCAGAAAAUGAAGCAAACGAAGCUCUGCUGGCUGAGGUGGAAGGCAAUCCUCUCGAGAGUUUACUUAGACUUCUAUCAUCUUCUGCUUCUUUGAAAUUGAAGAGUGACGCUGCAGUACUAUGCUCUGUGCUUUUUGAUAAUCCAAGAGUCAGGGGGAUGCCAAUUGCCUCUGAAUGUAUAGAACACCUUCUAUUGUUGAUUCAGUCCAAUCAAGAGUCGGCAGUGGAAUCUGGUCUUACUGCUUUUGAGAGAUUAUUGGAUGACAGAGAACAUGUAGACCUUGCAUCAGCUCAUGAUGUUGUUGGUCUUCUUGUUAGCCUCGUUUCUGGAUCAAAUUUUCGGCUUAUUGAAGCAAGCAUAUCUUGCCUUAUUAAAUUCGGGAGAGACCGAACUUCUCGCAAGUUGGAUAUGGUCAAUGCAGGCGUCAUAGAUUCUUGUCUUGAGCUACUCCUGACUGCUCCAUAUUCAUUGUUCUCCACAAUAGCAGAACUCUUCCGCAUCCUGACAAAUAGUAGUGCAAUUUCAAUAAGCUCUGCUGCUGUAAAGAUUGUGGAACCUCUCUUUACGGUUCUACUUCAGACAGAUUUUGAUCAGUGGGGACAGCAUAGUGCCCUACAAGCACUCGUUAACAUUUUGGAGAAACCACAAAACCUUGCUACUUUGGAACUUACACCUACACAAGUCGUCGAGUAUUUAAUUCCAUUUCUUGAAUCCCCUUCACAAGACAUCCAGCAGCUUAGUACAGAUUUGCUGUCUCACCUGCUCGAACAAGAAGAUUUUAAGCAGGAUAUAAAAACAAUGAACGCAACUAUCCCUCUUGUUCAGCUUGCCGGAAUUGGCAUCUUGAAUUUACAAGAAACUGCAGUAAAGGCAUUGGAAAAUAUCUCCUUAAGCUGGCCAGAGGCAGUUGCUGAUGCUGGUGGUAUUCUUGAGCUUUCAAGGGUUAUCUUGCAAGACAAUCCUCGACCAUCAGAUGCUUUAUGGGAAUUGGCUGCAGUAGUCCUCUGUAAUGUCCUACAAUUUAAUGCUGAUUACUAUUUCAAAGUUCCCAUUGAGGUUCUUGUAAGGAUCUUGCAUUCAACUUCUGAGGGGACCUUCACACUUGCACUAAAUGCACUGAUUGUUCAAGAAAAAAGUGAUGCUUCAAGUGCCGAAUUGAUGGCUGAAGCUGGUGCCAUUGAUGCACUAUUAGAUUUACUAAGAUCUCACCAAAGUGAAGAAGCAGCAGGGAGACUACUGGAAAUUUUAUGUAAUAAUACACGUGUACAAAAAAUGAAGGUUUCUAAAAAGGCAAUUGCACCUCUAGCUCAGUAUUUGCUUGACCCAGAAACCACAUCGCAAACUGGUAAGCUUUUUGCAGCUCUUUCUCUUGGCGGCCUCUCUCAUCAUGAAGGGCUUGCAAGAUCGAAUGAUUCUGUUUCUGCUUGCCGAGCGCUAAUAAGCCUGCUUGAAGAUAAGACGACAGAACAAAUGAAAAUGGUUGCAGUUUGUGCAUUGCAAAACUUUGUCAUGCACAGCAGAACCAAUAGGAGAUUUGUUGCUGAAGCAGGUGGUGCAGUGGUUAUUCAAGAACUGCUACUGUCCCCUAAUUCAGAUACUGCGGGACAGGCGGCAUUGCUCGUCAAAUAUAUAUUUUCUAGUCACGCACUUCAAGAGCAUGUAUCCAAUGAGCUCAUCAGUUCUUUGACAGCUGCUCUAGAGAGAGAAUUGUUGUCAACAGCCACUGUUAACGAAGAGAUUUUGAGAACGAUGCAAGUUAUAUUUGUCAAUUUUCAGAAGCUCCACUCAUCGGAAGCAGCAACACUGUGCAUUCCACAUUUAAUAGCAGCGCUUAAAUCUGGCAGUGAGACCGUCCAGGAUUCUGUACUGACCAUUUUAUGCUUGUUGAAACAAUCUUGGCCGGCUGUUCUGACUGGUGUGUCGAAAUCCCAAGCAAUGAUAGUGGCCGAAGCCAUUCCGACUCUGCAACUUCUUUCAAAAACUUGCCCAGCAAGUUUUCAAGAUCGAGCUGAGAGCCUGUUGCGUUGUUUACCUGGUUGUUUGACAGUCAUGGUUAAGCGUGCCAAUAAUCUGAAGCGCGUAAUGGGAGGCACGAAUCCUUUUUGUCGAUUGACAAUAUCCAAUGGUUCUGCCAAGCAAACUACGGUUGUGUACCAUACUAACUCUCCAGAAUGGAAUGAAGGAUUCAAAUGGGCGUUCGAUGUACCACCAAAGGGGCAAAAUUUAAAUAUAUCAUGUAAAAGCAAAAAUACAUUCAAGAAGGCUACUCUUGGGAGAGUCGCAAUUCCAAUGGACAAAAUUAUAAAUGAAGGAAAUUACAGCGAUAUUUUCAGCCUUAGCCACAAUAGCGACAAUGAUGGCUCUUCUCGAACACUUGAAGUCGAGAUAACCUGGUCGAAUAGGACAUCUAGUGAAAGUGUGUGAAAGAAGUGGAAGAUCAGUUUCCCGCAUGUCAAGGACAUUGUCUUCUUCUUCAACAACAAUAUGCUUGAACUAAUGUGCAAUGCAAGAGGUUGGUUAUCUUAUCUCAAUGUGAGUAUCUGCUAGAAAUCGUCACUUUCGUAGUUACCAAAAAUUAUGCCGGCAUAAUUGUAAAAAUGUAGAAAUGAUUAAAAAAAAUAGUGGAUCGUGGGAGAAAAUGAUUCCCAUGGUAGGUAGAGUUAUUAAGGUUUUUUAAAUAGAAAUUCUUGUACCGUAAAGUCGGUAGUGGCUACUAACAUAUUUGAAUAAGUGCUCCUCUCUAAGAUGCAAAAGGGAAUGCGGUUGUUCUUAAAUAAUGGUCAUGCCAACAUAUGGCUUGCAUGUAAAUCAAAUCAAAAAUGUUGUUUGUAUAGAAAAUGUUUCGCAGAUUUUUUUCAGAAA